UUUGACUUCUGUCAUCCGAAUUCAAAUCCACAUCAUUACCAUCACUAUCUCUUCAUAAUCUCAACCUCAACCUUGCUCACGAGAACAAGAUGACCGUUCUUCUAUCUGGGAAAGACCUCAAGAAGGCGCCGAAAUGGCGCCCUACAAACGUGCCCUCUCUGUUACCACGGAAGCGUCCACGGGCGUUGACCUGUCCACUUCCUGCCAAGACUGACAAGUCAUGGAAUCCAUUCAAGAAAUCCGUCUUACAGCAGACGUGUGAUCAAUCCCAAUCUGGCCUUGCGCGUCUGCCAGGUGAAAUCCGCCAGCUUAUCUGGACCGAGGUUCUAGGCAGGCAUUUGCUACACAUCGUCUAUGCUCCUCAAAGGCUUCUCGCUAUUGACUGUGCUGAGGAAGUCGACGACGAGCUCGAAACACGCCAUCAUCUCUGCUGGGGGGUCACAACUGCGAAGGCUCCCAGCGGAUCUUACCUCUAUCCUCAUUCCGAUCACCCUGCCAAACCUGCAAACCUGCUUCCUCUACUGCAGACAUGUCGGAGGAUCUACACCGAGGUGAUUUCUAUACUCUACGAGGACAAUAUCUUUGAUAUCGGCAGCCUCCUUCCACUCCUGUACCUCCAGCGUUCUGUCCUGCCCCAGCGCCUAAACCAGAUUCGCGUCCUGAACUUGACCUACAGCUACGCGAUGGUCAUCUCUGCUAGCCCGCUUAUCUAUGAAAUCAACGAGUGGCGCGAGGCCUGCGAUGUGCUCAUGAGCUUCGCUGGGUUGCAGGAGCUCACGGUGCACUUCAAGAAGUCGCGCAAGGAUUCCUGGCCAGGCGCGGAUGGGAAGAGUCAGUGGGGGCCGCUGCUGGAGGCACUGACGCAGAUCAACACAGCGAAGAAGAAGUUUGAUGUCUUUCUGCCUUGGACCGAGGACGAGUGUGCUGAAGCGGCGAAAGAAGGCGGCUACCCGUUCCGGUUGAUGCCAAUGGCAGAUGUGGAAGUAUAGCAUGUCACUCUCCUAGGCCUUUACUUGAACAUACUUUAACUAAGCCCGCAAGUUUGUAAACUUCUGAUCCGUG